UAUGAGGUACGUCACAUGGAGGCCUGACAAGCCUAACCCUUGUUGGUUGUGCUCAGGUUAUCCUUUGGGUGCUCUGCACCAGCUGCAACUUCUACCUUCCAAUCAGGGCUUCCUCUACCUGCAUUGCCAUCUCAAGGGAGGGAGAAGCAGCAGGAAGAAGAGAGAUAUGAGGAAGCUGAGGCUUUUAUCUGUCAUUCUGCUCCUGCUGUUGGGUUCACAUCAUGGUGUUGAGGCUGCAGGAGGGUUCAUCGAGACAAGGGGGCUACAUUUUGUUCUCAAUGGGAACCCAUUCUUUGCAAAUGGCUUCAAUGCCUACUGGAUGAUGACCCUGGCCUCAGAUCCUUCUCGAAGAGACAAGGUCUCCUCUGCUCUGAGUGAUGCCUCCAGGCAUGGCCUCUCUGUGGCCAGGACUUGGGCUUUCAGCGAUGGAGGGAGCAAUGCCUUGCAGAACUCCCCAGGAGCUUACAGUGAACAGAUCUUUCUGGGGUUGGAUUUUGUGGUGUCUGAGGCAAGAAAGUAUGGCAUCAAGCUCAUAUUGAGCUUGGUUAACAACUACGAUAGCUUUGGAGGGAAGAAGCAGUAUGUCCAAUGGGCAAGAGAUCAGGGGGAGAACAUUGGAUCUGAUGAUGAAUUCUUCACCAACCCUGUUGUCAAAGGUUACUACAAAAGUCAUAUCAAGACUGUUGUCACAAGAGUCAACACCAUAACUGGAGUUGCCUACAAGGAUGAUCCAACAAUCUUUGCUUGGGAACUCAUGAAUGAGCCCAGAUGCCCCUCAGAUUUGUCAGGGAAGAGCAUACAGGAAUGGAUCACAGAGAUGGCUGCCUACCUGAAAUCCAUAGACAACAAGCACUUGCUGGAAGCUGGUCUCGAGGGGUUCUAUGGUGAAUCAUCACCUCAGAAACAAUCCAACCCCGGCUUUCAAGUUGGAACUGAUUUCAUCUCCAAUAACCAGAUUCCAGGAAUCGAUUUUGCCACCGUUCAUUCUUACCCUGACCAAUGGAUACCCGAUUCGAACGAUCGAUCGCAGCUUUCUUUCUUGAAGAACUGGCUAGAUAUCCACCUCCACGACGCGUGCGACGUUCUUCAGAAGCCAUUGCUGGUGACUGAGUUCGGAAAGUCUUGCAAGGAUCCCGGCUUCAGCAAUGACGAAAGGGAUGCAAUGUUCAGAACAGUGUACUCCAAAGUAUAUUUGUCGGCUAGAACUGGUGGUGCAACCGCAGGUAGCUUGUUCUGGCAGCUGCUGGCUCAAGGGAUGGAUUCAUACAGAGAUGGCUAUGAAGUCAUUCUAGGUGAAUCACCAUCCACGACAAGAGUGAUCACGCUCCAGUCUCACAAACUUCGAACCAUUGCUAAGCUGAAGAGGGCAAAGGCCAUGAAAGGCAAACACUAGAAGGCUGCAAACAAGAGAAAGGAUGCAGGACACUGAGCUAGAAGAUGACUGCUGGUUUCAGCCAGCAUGUAGAAGGAUUUUGUGUCCCUUCUCAAGCUUGUAAUCACAUUUCAUACCAACAAAUUGGAAGAAGAAGAAGAA